AGCCCACCAGAAGCUGUGAAUGGUAGACAGCUCCUAGGAUCUGUGUGGUGAGACAGUGAGUGGAGACUGGAGCAGAGCGCACAGCUACAGACACAGAUCCUCUGAUGUCAAAUGAUGUAAAAUAACUGGAAGAGAAUUGAGGAUAUUUUUUUUUUUUUUGAAAUAACAAACGGAUAACACCAGUGCUUAAUAAGCGCACUCACAUACGCGUGAUAUAUUUUUUUAUUCUAAGGAAUUUACGCGCGCUAAAGAAGUGGCCAUGGCGCAUUUUACGCACUGCAGAAACAGACUUUCGGAGACUUUUUUGGAUUAAACAGAAAGUAAUUUUGCUUUUUUUACAUCAGAAGAAGAGCUCAAAUGGCGGCACUUCGUAGGAAAUUUGGCGAAGACUACCAGGUGGUUAACACCAAUAGGGCUACUGCUUUUACUGCUGCUCCGGUGAAGAAGAAACGCCAGCGCUUCGUGGAUAAGAACGGUCGCUGCAACGUGCAGCACGGAAACCUCGGAGGAGAAACCAGCAGGUAUCUCUCUGACCUCUUCACCACUUUGGUUGACCUCAAGUGGAGAUGGAACAUGCUCAUCUUCAUCCUCACGUACACGAUCGCUUGGCUGGUCAUGGCAUCGAUGUGGUGGAUCAUCGCGUAUAUCCGAGGAGACCUGACUCACGGUGGACACGACGCGUCCUACACUCCCUGCGUGGCCAAUGUUUACAACUUCCCCUCGGCUUUUCUGUUCUUCAUCGAGACCGAAGCCACGAUCGGUUACGGUUAUCGGUACAUUACGGAGAAGUGUCCCGAGGGCAUCAUCCUCUUCUUGUUCCAGUCGCUGAUGGGCUCCAUAGUGGACGCUUUUCUCAUCGGCUGCAUGUUCAUUAAGAUGUCCCAGCCUAAGAAACGCGCAGAGACGCUCAUGUUCAGUCAGGACGCGGUGAUCUCUCAGAGAGACGGGAAACUGUGCCUCAUGUUCCGGGUGGGAAACCUGAGGAACAGCCACAUGGUGUCCGCUCAGAUCAGGUGCAAACUCAUAAAGUCUCGUCAGACACCCGAGGGCGAGUUCCUGCCUCUGGACCAGUGUGAGCUGGAUGUUGGUUUUGGGACGGGUGCAGACCAGCUCUUCUUGGUGUCCCCUCUCACCAUUUGCCACGAAAUCAAUCCCAAGAGCCCCUUUUUCGACUUAUCUCAGCGCUCUCUCUCGAACGAACAGUUUGAGAUUGUCGUCAUCCUCGAGGGCAUCGUGGAGACCACUGGUAUGACAUGCCAGGCACGGACGUCAUAUACCGAGGAUGAGGUUUUAUGGGGUCAUCGCUUCCUGCCGGUGAUGUCCCUGGAGGAGGGCUUUUUCAGGGUAGACUACUCUCAGUUUCACAGCACGUUCGAGGUGCCGACACCACCGCACAGCGUCAAGGAGCAUGAAGAGAAGAAUUCGCUGCCCUCGCCUCUAUCCACUCCCACCCCCGCACUGACUGAGAGCUUCGGCGCCCGGCGUGCCCGGGUGUUUUCCGUGGAUUGCAUCAACGCAUCAGACGAUAGGAGGGGUCGACUGCCGAGCAAGCUGCAGAGGAUGAGUUCAUCCGGGAAGGAAGACCUGCAGAGGAAGGUGCUUUUGCUCAGCUCCCAGCAUUCGGAGAAGGCCUGCAGCACAGGAGACCUGCCCCUAAAGCUGCAGCGCCUCGGCUCCUCGCAAGGGCCCGAAGCGGAGAAUCGACUGCAACUCAAGUCCCUCAAGGUGGGCUUUGAACCCAUGACCCAGUCUACUGGAGACCUGUACCAGCACAGCCUAACGCCCACACUGUCCCCUGCUCCGGUCCCCAUGCAUAGCCCCCUGCUCUCAGCUGGAGGGAGGCCGGAGGACAACCUGCCAGCGAAGCUACGGAGAAUGAACGCCGACCGCUGAAACCCGGACAGACCGGAGGACACACGCAUGGAAACAGACUCAGACUUUACCUUACCUUUGGAGGCUGUGAUAGCAAAAAAAAACAGUUUACUGUCAGUUUAAUGAUUUGUUAUUGUUUUUUUUCUUGAGACACAACCUUUACUGGAAUUACUGUGAUUUUUUGUGUUUCAUAGCGCAGGCAUUCAUGCAGGCUUUGUUACACACAAGACAAGAAGAAAACACAAACUUCAUGCUUAAUGCGAACUUGAUCAUUCUGCAAGAGUUGUGCAUGUAUACACUAAAUCCAUGUAUGCACCACUUAAUAGUCAAUCUUAGUUUUAUCUAUAUAUAAAUUAUAUAAAGAUGAUAAUAAAUGCUGUUUGAUCUUU